CCCCGGAUCAUGUGGAGCUGGCGGCCCGGGAUGUGGCCUGGGAGACAGACGCGAUGAAGCCCAGACCCACCGGAUUCGUGGAUAAUAAACUCAAGCAGCGAGUCAUCCAGUACCUCACCAGUAACAGAUGUGGCAAAUAUGUGGACAUCGGAGUCUUAGCAUCUGAUUUACAAAGAAUGUACAGUAUAGACUAUGGUCGAAGAAAAAGAAAUGCUUUUCGGAUUCAAGUAGAAAAAGUAUUUAGCAUCAUAAGUAGUGAGAAAGAAUUUAAGAAUCUAACAGAAUUAGAAGAUGAAUAUUUGGCUAAAAGAGCAAGACAAGGUGAAGAGGAUAAUGAGUAUACUGAAAGCUACUCUGAUGAUGAUUCAAAUGUGGAAGAUUACCCAGAUCCACAGUCAGCAAAGCACAUGAACAGUUCCCUGCUCUCUUUAUAUCGGAAAGGAAAUCCUGAUUCUGUUUCAAAUACUCCUGAAAUGGAGCAAAGAGAAACCAUCACUUCAACACCGCAGAUCACUUCCAAAACAGGCUCCAUUUCUUUGAAGACGCCUGCCAGAGAUUCUGAGGGAGGAUGGUUUAUUGACAAAAACCCCGGUGGAAAGAAAGACAGUUUUUCCUUGGACCUAUCAUGUGAGAAAAGUAAUCAUAAGAAGCCAAUAACUGAAAUACAGGAUUCAAAAGAUUCUUCUGUUUUUGAGAGUGAUAAAAAAAGGAAAGGCAGGCUAAGGAACAAAGGAAGCAAAAGGAAGAAAGAAGAUCUUCAGGAAGUCGAUGGAGAAAUCGAAGCUGUCCUGCAAAAGAAAGCAAAAGCCAGAGGGCUCGAAUUCCAGGUCUCCAGUGUGAAAUUUGAAGAUGUUGGAGGCAAUGAUACAACACUAAAAGAAGUCUGUAAGUUGCUUAUACACAUGCGUCACCCGGAGGUCUACCACCACCUAGGCGUCGUGCCCCCUCGGGGAGUUCUCCUUCAUGGGCCUCCAGGCUGCGGGAAGACAUUACUCGCACAUGCAAUUGCUGGGGAACUUGACCUGCCAAUUCUGAAAGUGGCUGCUCCAGAGAUUGUGUCUGGAGUAUCUGGAGAGUCUGAGCAGAAGUUGCGAGAACUAUUUGAACAAGCUGUGCUGGAUCUGAAUAACAUGGCUGCUACAGCUCGGGUCCUAGUUAUUGGAGCUACUAAUCGACCAGACUCGUUAGACCCUGCUUUGAGACGUGCAGGAAGGUUUGACCGAGAAAUAUGCCUAGGUAUCCCAGAUGAAGCAUCCAGGGAAAGAAUACUUCAAACUUUGUGCAGAAAACUGAGACUUCCUGAGGCUUUUAAUUUUUGUCACUUAGCACACCUAACGCCAGGCUUUGUUGGUGCUGAUUUGAUGGCGCUCUGCCGAGAAGCAGCAAUGUGUGCGGUCAAUAGGGUCUUAAUGAAGCUGCAGGAGAAGCAGAACGAACCUGAGAUUGAAGGUUUGCCACCUGAAGGAGCCCAGGAGGAAAGGCUGAGAACUGAGCUCACUUCUAAAACACAGGAUGAAUUGCAAAGUCUGCUAGGGUUGCUAAGAGACCAAGAUCCCCUCUCAGAGGAGCAGAUGCAAGGACUGUGCAUUGAAGUGAAUGAUUUCAUUGUUGCUCUAUCCUCAGUCCAACCCUCUGCCAAAAGAGAAGGCUUUGUCACUGUCCCUAAUGUGACAUGGGCAGAUAUUGGUGCCCUGGAAGAUAUUAGAGAGGAGCUCACCAUGGCAAUAUUGGCACCAGUACGUAACCCGGAUCAGUUCAAAGCUCUUGGAUUGGUGACUCCAGCUGGAGUUCUACUUGCUGGUCCUCCUGGCUGUGGGAAAACUCUGCUGGCGAAGGCUGUAGCAAAUGAAUCUGGACUAAAUUUUAUAUCUGUCAAGGGCCCCGAAUUACUAAAUAUGUAUGUUGGUGAGAGUGAACGUGCUGUGCGACAGGUUUUUCAACGAGCCAAGAACUCAGCACCCUGUGUGAUUUUCUUUGAUGAAGUGGAUGCUUUAUGUCCUCGAAGAUCAGACCGAGAGCUUGUAAGAAACAAGAACCAGAGACUCCUGAGUCUGAAAGUUAAUGAUAGAGCUUUACAGUUUUAUGCUGGAGCCAUGCCCCACUUUUUCCUCCCUUCUUUAGACAUCAUUGACCCAGCAAUCCUGCGCCCAGGCCGGCUGGACAAAACACUCUUUGUGGGUUUACCACCUCCAGCAGAUCGUCUUGCCAUCUUAAAAACUAUCACAAAAAAUGGCACCAAACCUCCACUGGAUGCAGAUGUAAAUUUGGAAGCAAUUGCUGGUGACCUUCGCUGUGAUUGCUAUACGAAUAACAUACUGAGAUAUGUAUAUUUAUGCAUUUCCUCUACAGGUAAACUCAAGAUUAGUCAUAAGCACUUCGAAGAAGCUUUCAAGAAAGUAAAACCAUCUGUAUCAAAAAAGGUGCGGAAUGUGAAACCUCCCAUGGUCCAGAAGCCUCGAGUAAUCCCAUUAGUGGAGGGAAUCCAAGUCCUAGCAUAA